AUGGCUCGAACACGCCGAAAUCUUCUCCUGGGUUUGGACGCCUUUGGAACCCUCUUCACACCGAAAAAGUCCAUAGCAGUUCAGUAUGCGGAUGUUGCCCGGUCAUAUGGGUUGGGGGGAAUUGUCGAAAAUGACCUCGACCGUUGUUUUCGAAAAGCCUUUCAGAAACAUUCCAAUAGAUUCCCAAAUUACGGGAAACGUAGCGGCAUGAAUGCUACGAAAUGGUGGGCGAAUGUUAUCACCUCGACUUUCCAAUGUUUGCCAAGUUGGAAUGAAAAAUCGCCUCCGCCGGAGCUGGUUGAAGCUAUUUUACAUCGUUUCUCAUCUUCAGAGGGUUACCAGCUUUUCCCGGAUGUCCUACCCUUCUUCAAAAUGUUACGGAACCGGGCAUCCGAGGACACAUCCACAGUGUGGCCGUGGAAUCAGACCGUCGUUGGUAUCAUCUCGAACUCAGAUGAUCGGAUCAUUGGUGUGUUGAAAAGUUUCGGUUUAACAGUUGCUUCUCUCCGUGGCACACCCAAUCUUGAGAAGAGCCGGACAAACAGUGAAGGGUCCUCUGACAUUUCCUUCAUGGCGUUAUCGUAUGAUGUGGGGGCAGAAAAGCCAUCGAGAUCGAUCUUCAACACUGCCGAGAGACUCGCCUUUGAGACAAUACACGAUCUCGAAGCCGGGGCAGGUGCUGAUAGUUCGCUAUCCGAUUGGGACAAAGUUUAUGUCGGAGACGACAUCAACAAGGACGUGGUUGGUGCUUUAAAUUCAGGAUGGAAGGCCGCCCUGAUCCAAAGAGAUUUGACUGAUGAAGGAACAACGAAUGAUCGAAAGGCGAUGCGAUUGAUGGAUUGGUCCGACCUAGGAAUCCAACCGGAUGGGCCAAUCGCAUCUCGCAAAGUUCCGCUACUAAACGAUCUCAGGGGCAUAUCUCGGAUGCAAAUUCUCCGCGAUUGA